AUGUAUGUGAACGUGAAUGUGAACGUACAUAUUGGUGGUGCUGCGCAACAACGCCCACAAUGGUUUGGCGAUCGACCUAGAAAAGAUCGGUUGGAUCGUGAUGGUUCUAAUGGUGAACGAGACGAUCAUGUCGGCGGAAAACGCCCUCGACCAGAUUGUAGUGAUGAAGAUAGUAGCGAAGAAAGUGAACACAAUGGUGGUAAACGACCUCGACCACCACGUCCAGAAAAAAAUGGAUCUCGGUAAAGAUAUCUAGCGUUAUUCCCUUUUCUGAAAGAAAGGGUUAUAGCGUCAUAAAUACAGUCAUGAAAAUCGAUAAAGUUUGUUUGUUUGUUUGUUUGUUUGCAUAAUCCAAUCAGAUUACAGCAUAUUAUAAAUCAAUGAAAUUUCUCUAUACUCAUCAAAGAUUGAUCACUGAUGAGGUAAUCGAAGUCGAGGAUCUCGAAUCCGAGGUUAGUUUUAACUGAUUAUUAACUAUUAAUUAACUACAGGUUAACUAGCGAUGAAUUAUUAAUGUAUCCAGUAAGGGUCGACCGAAGGGUAAUCGGGGUCGAGGAUCACGAAUCCGGUGUCAGUUUCUCGAAAUUCUAAUUAGCUAAUUAACUAAUUACUAAUUAGGAAAUGAAAAAUUUUGUUGUUGUCGAGUAAGGGUUGACCGAAGGGUAAUCGGGGUCGAGGAUCACGAAUCCGAUGUUAGUGUUGAUUAAUUAAUUAUUAGUUUUUCAUUAUCUAGCCACGACUUAUUAACAUCCAUUGUCAGAGUA